UUACUCUUCGUUCCCUUGGAGGUAUCUCGCAGUCAUUCACUUUCGCUGCCAUUCCCUCGAGUCUUCCCUAUCGUAUAUUUCCAGUUCUUUCCUAUCCCACUCGUCUUCAACUUCCUUUCCAUCCAAAGCCCCUCUACACCUUCAAGCACCAGUUUCAACUUCGCAUUCGUGAUUUCUCCACGACAAUCCCUUUUCCGUGCUGAUACAGCCGCGCCCUGCCUUUUCCUUGCGCCGAAAUCUCAUCUCUCGUUCAAAAUAACGUCACCCAUCACGCCAGAUUUGAUUCAGGAAGAUUCAAAAGAUUGCAAUGGGUCGGCGGAAGUUCCUCCAGGAACUGGCCGCAGCCAGUGUUCCUUCGAUAGGGCAUAUCGAGGGAGUGCAUACACCGGAUGAAGGUGUUGUGAGUUUCAUCUACUGCUGCCCAGGGUCAUAUCCGAUCUCGAGAGUGAGCAUCCAAGCCUGCGCCACUAACCUUGAUGACUAUCCUCACGACAACUCGUUCAUGCUUUUCACCGAUGAUGACCUCACUGAUCCAGUCAUACCCCAAACAUUACAGAGUGUUGGAGCCGAGACGCAAGGCAAAUCUCUCUCUCAGAUCCUUCUAGAAGUUAGUCAACGAUUGACACUUGCCCUUGAAGAGGGUGAGCUGGCAAACAGCCUUGAAACCUCGGUCGAAGACGCGUGUGACGACGAUUUCGAGUUUGACUACGAUUCCGACGAUGACACCUUUGGACUUGCAGAUUUACAACAGCUCAAAAGCGCAGCUCCAAAUCACGGUUCAUCUGCUUUGAGGAGAUCAUCAAGAACUUCAAAAGUUUACAUGGGAAAGAUACAAACUGACCUCAAAGCACUCAAAGACUCAGGCUUUCGUGUGGGCAUUUUCGGGGAUCUGGCUAGUUUAGAGAUAAUAAGCGCAUCCAUUCGCGUUUCAAAGCUGGGUCUGUCGGAUGAGGCAAUGCAAGCAUGGGGUCUGCGGCGAAGACAAUACCUUAUUCUCCUCAUUCAGUACGCCGCAGGUUACUACGAAGCCCGCCAUAUCGCAGACCUAGACGACUUUGUUGGAAGAGUGGACAUGCAGGUCGGUCUCUGUGAGAACUACAAGCCAACGUUGGAAGAUGCCCAUGCAUUAUUCUCUGGCAGCAUGACCUCCAAGGAAAACCGACCGGCGGAUUCAUGCAAACCCUGGGAGCCCCUCUUUAUUGGCAAGCCACUCAUUCAGCUCCUGAAGGAGAGAUUUUUCAACAUCGUCAAGGCACGACAUCUUUACAAUCUCAGCUGGCUAGGUGCUGAAAAGAUGGUGGAAGCGAGAGCUGUGUGUACCAACGAGACCUCAAUUGAGAGUUUGAAAGACUAUCAAUGUGAUGACAACGCUUUGAAUGGCACGCAACUUCCGACAAUUGUCAUGGCCGAUCAUAUGGCCGAGGUGCCCCUCGAGAAAGCCUCUCUGCCGUUAAUCGCCAUGCAAUUCGUGCUCAGACAUUUUGUCAGAUGCACCGAAUUUUGCUUGGUAUGUCACUCGCGUGUGGACAACUCCUUUGAAGCGUUGAAACCAUAUGUCUGCUCGAAGCCUUUGUGUCUAUAUCAGUACAUGAACCUUGGAUUUGGUCCAAGUUUGGAAUGGGAGAUUCGUUCUCAACCCUACGUUGUGGACCUGCUCGUCAGUUUCUGCUAUAUUGCAGCAAGUGCCGGUCGAGUCAAAGAAUUACCUCUUGGGUUGAAUCUCAUGGUACCACUACUACCUGAUGACCCUGCACAUGCUCCGCCACCAGCUACAGCAACCACCCAGCCAGCACUUCCGCAAUCAGAUAAGAACGGCAGUCCUCCGGCUAGAUCCGAGAAACCUUUUGGCUGUACGUGGCACGUCACGGAGCAACGACUCGACAAUGUGGACCAAGACAUUGUGCUUUCUCAAACUCUGAAACCAGGAGACUGGAUAGUCACAAUAACCCAAGGCAGAGGCACCCUUGCACAUCAUCGGGUGAGAGAAAUUAUGCCUCAUUCAGUCGACCUCGAGCAGGCAGUAUUUGUGGACCCAAAUGAGGCAGAUAGAGCAUCGCAAGGUGGAUCAGGAAAGAGCGUGAAGGUCGAUUGCUAUAUCUACGACAGGAGUCUCGAUGAUUUGACUCAAACCCAACAGCAGCAAGCAAUUGUUACGUUACUGAGCACUCUCCCUAGGGUAGGAGAGAUGUUUACACGCCUGAAAUCUUACCGUGAUGCUAGCCUCGAGUCGUGGCAGAGAAUCUCGAAAAGCUCACUGACUCUGCUACGUUGGGUGGUGGCUUCGAACCGAUCUUGUAUUCUCCGUGUUGGAGGAUCACAAAAUGAUAAAUGCGAUAUUGGCAGCGCAGGCACAGAAGAUCUCGUGGGAGGCAUGGAAGGGUACAUCCAAUUUCGAUUUGCUCAAGGUGCCCCUGACAAAGAGCAGCGAUUCAACGACGCCGUCCAAAGCCGAUCACGACCAGCAGGGUCCCAAUAUCCCACACUCUUCGCAUGGCACGGAAGCCGCUUGGCAAAUUGGCACUCCAUUGUCCGGCAGGGACUUCGUUCUGAUGAAGUAGCCCACGGUCGAUCUUAUGGGAAUGGAGUCUAUUUGUCCCCACGGGCAGAGAUCAGCCUUGGUUACAGCCAAACUGCUUUGCGUUCAGUGGGAACAUCUCAUCACGAAUGGAAACCCUCGAUGCUCAAGAUCUCGAAUGCAUUGUCGUUGAACGAAGUUGUCAACGAUCCUCGCAUGUUCGUAUCAAGCUCUCCACAUUACGUGAUUUCCAAGCUCGACUGGAUUCAGACUCGAUAUCUGUUCGUGGAAGCAUCAGGCCCACCUGCGACUUCGGCGGGUGGCGCGAUUAAAGUCAAGACAGUCGAUUGCAAGGAAGUUUAUGAGCAAGAUCCUACCUACCAGGCUUUCGGUGUCAAAGGCCUACCCAUCACUAUUCCGUUGGCAGCCAUAUCGAAAUCACGCAGAAGUUACGACGCCGUGCAAGUGGCAAGAACUGAAUCAGGCAAGCGGAGCAAAAGCGUUGUGAAUACUGAUCAAGCGACUGCUGAACGUCAAGAGGAUGAUGCCGAGAGUGUCAUCUCUGACGCGCUGGACCUGGCCUUCUUGGCUCAAGACAUUGAUGGCAAACAUGAAACAAAAUCGUCAGAGACAGCGGACGUGACGUUGGCACAAGCGGUGGACAUGCUCGCUGGAACCGAUUUCAAACCUGGAACGCUCGAUGUGUCGGACAUCAAGCUCUUGGGCUUGCCUCAAGACGCUACCAGUAGCUCUAUCAAGGCACUGGUGCGGUGCCUUCAGGAAGCGCUGUCGGUGCAAGACAAAACGCCACUGGCAACUUUGGGUUGGUAUAUUGAUCGGAAUAUGGUGAGCAACAUGUAUCAAUGGCUUGUGGAACUGCACAGCUUCCCAUCCACCUUACCUCUGGCCAAGGAUAUGAAAGCAAGCGGCCUCACGUCCAUUGUUCUAGAGAUGCGAUUCUCGAACCAAUUCCCAUUUAGUCCGCCUUUCAUCCGCGUGGUCAAGCCUCGACUUCUCUCAUUCGCGCAGGGCGGAGGUGGCAACGUCACUGAUGGAGGAGCGAUGUGCAUGGAAGUCUUGACCAAUAAUGGAUGGACGGUAGCCCAGAACAUUGAGAGCCUUCUGCUUCAGGUGCGUAUGUCUAUUUGCGAUGAAGAACGACCUGCCAGACUGGCGACAUUGCGCAAGGGUCAACACAACACUUACGCCAUCGGAGAGGCCAUUCAAGCCUACAUCCGCGCCUGCCGUAAUCACGGUUGGACUGUGCCGAUUGGGUUCGACAAGAUUCAGCAGGAGUGACGGAUGGGUUACUUGCGUGGUGAGGAGGUGGUGUUGGGGUGGUUGGAAAAUUACCUACCUCGAUCGACCAAGAGUUGCGAUUCAAUGGCGCAGGGUUGUCGAUACGGAUGUGCAUGUUGAGAGUCACACAACAGGCGCGGAUUGCCAAAGGAGAUUGAAAAUGGGCUGGAUCCUGGUGGUUUUGGGUGCUGGAUGCUGGACAAGUCACACAAACGUGGCGUUGGGGCGUUGCGAGGUACAGGAGAUUGUCCCUUUAUCAAAGUGGACUGACGAGCGAGAGCCAAAUGGCACGACAACAUGACAACAUAAUUACCACAAGUUGGCAGCAAGCAUGGCUACCUAGAUUAAUUACAACCUUUCCUCGUCAGCUUCUCCUGUGUUUGUGUUA